AUGUAUUCUCACUCAUUUUUCCUCAAUACGCUGAUCAUCGCUAAAACGGAGCAAAAGAUGUUCAGUUCCGGUCGGAAUGGUGGUGUGAUCACAUUCACCGUACGCGAUACAAAAGAUCAUUUCAUAAAUUGUUCAAUUUGGGGUUCGGAACAAUUCAUCAAUAAUUGUGCUCGCGCCUACAAAAUCGGUGACAUCAUUUCAAUCUAUCAACCGAAGGUUGUUCAAAACACCAACGAUAGCAUCUAUCAUCCACGCACAACAUCGCCAUUUGAAUUGAGAGUGUACGAGGGCAAUUCUUUCGUACAUCGAUCCAUGGAGCAGUCGGCUCAUUUGCUUCAACUUCAAAAUCAGUCUGUUAAGCCGACGUCAUUGGCACUGAAAUUGGACGAUCUGGUGUGCCGUCCUGGAUCGGUUGCGGUCACAGCAGAUGUGGUGGUUUUGGUAAGAGGAGUGGAGCCACCGCGACCAGUACAAACAAAAUUCGGUGAAAAAACGGUGCGCAAAGUCUGUUUAAUGGAUCGAACAACGGAAUUAAUGUCGAUGGUCGUUUGGAAUCCAGACUAUCAAUCGCGAAUGGAUCUCUGGAAACCGUUGGAAACAAUUUUGCAAUUGGUGGAUGUUCGCUUUGAGUACUCCGCUUUCGAACGAUCAACGGUCUUAUCAAUCACUUCCAUGACGAUUAUCAUCGAAAAUCCCGUGAAUUCUUCGCGUUCAAAUGAGAUUAUGGCGUAUAUUCGCACAAUGAGUGCAGAUAAAGUCAACGAAUUGAAGAACAAUCUUCGAAAACCCACGAUCGGAGCCGAUUCAAUCAGAGAUGUUAUGUCAGUGAAGCGUAUGCGCGAUGAAAUUGAACGUGAUCCGACCAAAGAAAUAGCAGCAAUUGUAUAUGGUGUGAUUACAAAAUUUGAUAUAAAUGCUGCGAUUGUCAGAAGCUGCGGAAAUUGUAAGAAAUUGAUUUGGAAUCGCAAUGAAUGCGGAAUGCCAAAUUGUGAUUUGAUACAGUCGAACGGACCGAGGUAUGUGGACAAGGUUUAUAUGGCCGUUUCAGUAACCGAUUACUCUGGAACGUUGAACUGUCGCAUUGUCGAUGAACAUGCUCAACACAUACUUGGCCAUUCGGCACAAGAACUCAAAGCAAUGACUGAGGAUGACAUCGAUGCCAUUUUCACCAAAUUCAUCUUGGAACGAUUCGCUGUUAAGAUGAUUGUACGACCCAAAUCACAAACGGAGUAUUUUGCGAGCAUUGUCAGCAUUGAGGCAUACGACUCAAAUUACGUGGCACAAGUUUUAAAACCAUAA